AUGGCUACCGAAGGUGGCAAAAUUAAAGUAAAAAGGCGGACGGCACCCAGUAAACCGUACGAGAGAAACUUGACUCUGUUUGGCAAGUUGAGGAAAUCUGUCAAGGAACUGUUGAUCCCAUCGUGGCUGUCGAGGCCUGAGCAGGGAAGUGAGAGUCUAGGCACCGGUGAUGCCUGCCUGGCUGCACAGAGCUCGGUGCCAGCAGGUGAAUGCAACAGUGGGGUGGUGUCUGGUGCCCAGCUCCACAACAAGGCUGGUGAUGGACAUGCUGGGCUCGUGCAGCAGCCGUCUACCUCCAGUGGGGAGCAGACGCGACUACCAGCAGCAUUGCAUGAUGUGCGUGGGCAAGGUGAAGGCAGCAUCCCUACUCCAGGGGAAAAGAGUGUUUAUGAUCAUCGAGCUGGCAGAGUGGCAAAUGUCAGCAGCAUAACAGACAGACGAGUGAAGCCAGCUACAAAUAAGAGGAACACAUCAUCCACACCCAGAUUUGGUGAUGAGUUUGAUGAGCCAGCCUCGUCUAGAGUGCACCAUGUGGCAUCACACGGAUCUGAGUCUUAUUUAGACACACAGAAUCAGAGCAGAGAUGUGGGUAGAGCCCACCCCAUUAUGACAUCCACCAGGGUCUUGAACCAGUCCAUGGAUGUCUCCAAUCCUGCUGCUAAACGACAGAGAUUAUGGAGUCCAGACUCUGAGCGGCAGGGCAAAUAUUUCAGUAGCCCGGUCAAGGAAAAGCCAGCGUUUAACUCGGUGCUACUGGGAUCUGUGAGUGAUUCUUCAAUGCUGGGUGACAGUUUGCACACCUCUGUAUUUUAUCCUGGCAAGACACGGUUUGGUGGAGCUUCAGCAGAGAGGCGGACAUCACUGAACACCAGUCUGCCGUACCAGUCAUCGCUGCCACUGAGGAAACAAGUGCGGCCACACAGUGUGAGAAACAACAUUCAGGCCACUACCAGCGCCACAGCUCAGAGGAUCUUGGAGACGCUAGAUAGGAUGUCCACACCACUAGGGGAUGCGAAGAAGAUACCAGUAUCUGAUUCCCCCAACGACUCUGUUCUCUCAUUCACUCCAUCAUCGUACAGACGGACAAGUUUCCAGAUGGGGCGACCUGCAACCAGGCCACUACAGCUGCCAAGCCGGGCACCACCGACAAGUCAACAUCAGGUGCUGGCUCAGGCAGUCAUAGCUCAAAAUAGACAUACCAGUGGCAUUGUGGACAAGAGGCACAACUCUUCAGUGAUAGAAGACCAUAAUGAUGAUGACAGAUCAAUGAGUAUUCAUGUAUCCCAGGAAGCUAGAACUCUACUUAGCAGGGUACAGCCACCAGCUUCCAGCGAGACAGGGGGCAUUCUGGGACACCAGAGUGAUGUCUCCGGGAAGAUGAAAGCUAAAAGGUUCACACAGCAUAUUUCUAACGUAGGAGUAGAUAGUGACGUGAUGGAAGUCCCUAACCUGAGAACAGAAUUCACACUGCCCAUCUGCAACAUGGGCCCUAUAUCUCUACAGCCCAUGAAGUCUCUCACAGUGGCCGCCUCCAGUGCUCCACCAGCUGAUGAUACUGUGCCUAUGAAAUUUAUAUUCUCAGCUCCGAUAGACGAGAAGAGGCAAGCCUGCAGCCAGAUGUCCUCAGGGGUGUCCGAUAAGAACUUCAAAUUUACCUCACCAAUCAAGACCUCGCAGACAAAGACGAGUGCAGCUGGAGCUGAAGGAGAGUCCAAGAGCUGCCAGGAGCCUGCUGUAGGAGCAUCCUCAGGCAUGCCCAUGUGGACGUCGUCUUCUUUUACUGCAUCGGUUCCAGCGUGGGGCUCUACGGCUCCCAAACCUAAGAUGGCAUCUCCAGAUAUUGGAGGCACCUCAUCCAGUUUCAAGUCAUACAAUAAGUGGGGCGGCUUUGAGAAGCCAGAUGACAGUUCUGCUGCUUCAGAUACGCCAGUUGGGUUCUCCCUAGCUCCUGCAGCCACUCUGAAGACGGGCUCUGUGAUGGAUAUACUUGGAGGAAAGUCAUCAAUACCUGUGUCUACCCCAGCAACGAUGAUGUCUAACGCAGCCAAAGAACCUGGCACUGAGGACUUGAUGGCCAAGUUCAAGAAGGCGGCCGGGUCCUGGGAAUGUGAUGCCUGUAUGCUGGUCAACAAACCCGAGGCUAACAAGUGCGUCUGCUGCGACACAACAAAACCUGGAGCCAAACCAGCUGCUUGUGGAUCUGGCACCACAACAGCAUCAUCAUCAAGUUCCACGGUGCCAGGCACUUCACCAAGCCCAGAGAGUUCAGCCACAAGUAUCCGGCCCUCAGGCUCCAGCAGUUCUAUGUUAUCCAACAAGGAAGUAGCCCUACCUGGGACCAAGCCUGGCACAGGUGUCAGCCCAGAGAACUCCCUGAGUGCACUGUUCAAAAAGCCAGCUGGCAGUUGGGAGUGCGACACCUGCUUGGUACAGAACACAGCUACAGCUGUCAGAUGUUUGGCCUGUGAUUCCUCAAAACCUGGCCUGCAGGCUGCUGGCAUAGUUUGCAAACCAUCAGCAAGCACUACUUCAUCAGCCAUCACAGUGUCACCAGCAGGCGGGUUCACUUUUAACGUCUCCACCACAACUACCACAACUUCAGGAUCUAGUGGUUUCAAAUUUGGCAACACCAGCACAGCGGCCCUGACCUCAUCCAGUUCCACACCCACCGCCACCGGUUUCGUCUUUGGCCAGGUCACAUCGGCAAACAAAAACUCUGACUCCUCCACCGGCAGCACGUCUUCCACCUUGCUCACAGGUGGAUUCAAAUUCGGAGCAACAGGCCCAGGAAGUGGAGGUGGGGGGCAGACGUUUGCAGGUGGCUCCUCAAGUUUUUUAGCAGGAAAGACUAGUAUCCUGACAGAGCCUAAGGCGGCAGCUCACACUGAAGUUGCGGCCGGACAUCUGCCCACUAAUGGUGUCCCACUCACAGCGGACAGUAAAUCAAACAUUUCUACGAAUGCUACAGCUUUCCAGCCAGCCGGUAACCCUAACGGAGCACUGCAGUUUGGGACAGCACUGACCACUAAAGAUAGCAACAUUAAGUUGUCUCAGCAGGUCAGCUUCAACUUUACCCCAGUUAGUUCUGCUUCUUCUCCAGCAUUAGUGGCACCAUUAUCUCAGCAACAAACAGAGAAACCAGUCUCUGCGGUUAGUGGACCAGCUAGUAACCUCUUCCAGUUUGGUGCCUCAUCUGUGCCUGCAGCAUCUAGCAGCGGCCUGGGGAUGGGCAACAGCCUAGCCGACGCCCGACCUGUGCUUAAUGGAGGCUUUGGUUCCGGCUUCGGGGCACCAACAGGAAAGGACAACUCUGGGGCUGCAUCUCUGGACUCCAGCAAAUCUUUGGCAAGUUUUACCUUUGGCACCAACCAGCCACCACCAACAUUUGCCAGUUUUGGCCAGGUCUCGGCAGCCACUGUUGGGAGUUCACAGGUGUCUCAGUCCGGCAAACGGACUGUGGACUUCGGUGAAGCAGAUCACUCCAGUGCCAAGAAGUCGUUUAACUUUGGGACAAGUAGCAGUGAUGCCCCAUCCAAUGGACUCUUUACUUUUGGGGGUUCUUCGGAAUCAAAAACGUCUGCCUUCGCUGUCAGUUCUACUGCUAGUUCUUCUACUGGAGGCUGUGUAUUAUUGAGCUCCAACCAGACAGGCGGUCCUGCGCCGGGUGGUGGCUUUCAAUUCUCUAAUAGCUCCAACCAAACAGGUGGUCCUGCGCCAGGCGGUGGCUUUCAGUUCUCUCAUGGCUCGUCUGCAGCUCCUGCUUUCCAGGGCUUCAACUUUUCAUUGAAAGCACCAAACGAGACUCCCAAACUUGCUUCAUUUGAGGCACCAGUACUCCAAGGAGCAACCUCAUUCAACGCAACACCCAGUUUCAACUUCAGCUCCACUUCACAACCUAAUUCUGUGUUUCAGUUUGGUGCCAAGCCU